AUGUACACCACUACCACGUCGGAAGAGUUUCAGAACAAGUUUUCAAAAUCCUUGGAGGGUCCCAACAAUCAUACCAUCUUGUCGAAACAAUCCUCAUCGGUUCAUAACACUGAUCCCAAUCUAUUGAGGACCUCUCAACUCUUUCAAAGCACAGUCUCUUGUAAAGAAGUCAAUGUGUAUCGAGGAACAGGAGGAGGAUUCAAGUCUAACAACAAUUGCUUCAUUCCGACAGACAAUGAUAUUCCUGUACAACCUGUGGCCAGAUGGAGAGAUCGCUUAAUCGACCCAUCGUAUCAUCCUUCUGACCUCACCAUGACUCAAUCCUCUUUUAAUAAGCACUCGAGUUUGAUUAAGGAGAAGGAGCAUGCUCAAACCCUCAUCCAAACACUUCAAAGCGCUGCUGGAGUGAACCAUUCACCCAAUGAUGAUCCCCUUCUUUCCUCUCACCCCACUGGAUACAAGAGUAACUACAAAUCGAAGAAUAUUGUUUCUGGAUGUACAUACCCUGACCAUUUAGAAUUGACAACAAGUCAACAUGUGAGUGAAACGAAAGACCAUUUCAAGUAUAGUGAUCCCUAUCAAUAUUCCCAAUUCAUGUCUACUCUUAAGAAUUAG